AGUCGAUUUUCUCCUAUGGUCGCUGACGCUCAGAGGAGAAGAAAAUUGGUUAAAAAUGUCGUCAAAUUUCUCAGGCAGAAUCACUUUGAUGGUUUAGAUCUCGAUUGGGAGUAUCCCGCCUUUAGAGACGGUGGAAAGCCACGGGACAAAGAUAAUUAUGCCAAUCUUGUACAGGAAUUACGAGAAGAAUUCGAAAAAGAAUCGUCAAAAACUGGUAAACCGAGACUCCUUCUCACAAUGGCUGUGCCUGCUGGUAUAGAAUAUAUCGACAAGGGUUACGAUAUUCCACGAUUGAAUGAAUAUUUAGAUUUUAUAAAUCUCUUAUCAUACGAUUAUCAUUCUGCUUAUGAACCAGCGGUCAAUCAUCAUUCUCCUCUUUAUCCAAUUGAAGAAGACAAUGAAUACAAUUAUGAUAAUGAAUUGACAAUCGAUUAUACGAUUAAACAUUUAAUUGCAAGUGGUGCAUCAUCUAAUAAAAUUGUCGUUGGAAUCCCCACAUAUGGACGAAGUUAUACUCUGUUUAAUGAAGAUGCAACUGCUCUUGGUUCUCCCGCUGAUGGUCCUGGUGCUGAAGGCGAUGCCACACGUGAAAAAGGAUAUUUAGCCUAUUAUGAAAUUUGUGAGAAUAUAGAAAAAGAAGAAUGGACGAUAGAGAAACCUUACCCAAAGGCUAUGGGGCCUUAUGCCUACAAUGAUAAACUAUGGGUUGGCUAUGAUGAUGAAGAUAUUGUUCGAGCAAAGGCAAAAUAUGUUAACGAAAACAAUCUUGGCGGCAUAAUGUUUUGGUCUAUCGAUAACGACGACUUUCGUGGAAAGUGUCACGGACGGCCCUAUCCAUUGAUUGAAGCUGCUAAGGAAGCUCUUUUUGAAGACAACAGCAAUACUAAAGAAAAAGACGAGAAACCAAACGCAAUAUCUACUAAGAAAAGAAACAGAGUAUCCGAUACUUUAAAAUCAAACUCAUCAUUUGGUAGUAGCCGAAAAUCUAACAAUUCUUCGAAUCGAAGAAAUUCGUUGAGAUCUUCAGCUGAUAAGCGUUCUAAAUCGAGAAGUCGAACGAGUUCUACGUCAACCGAGAAAAUAUCAAAUGAUGAACUAAUCGACGUUGAUGCCGAAGAUAAUGAAAAUGUUGAAACAACUAUAAAUACGACAACAAAGCCACAAGCACUUACUAAUAAAAAUCGGUUCAGAACACGUGCAAAUGCUGAUGCAAGAGGCAGUAUCAAAAAGCCGAAUAUACGGUCGACCACUAAGAGACCGUCUGGGAAUAAAAAAGUUACCACUCCAGAACCACCAACUACACCUGAUCCCGGUGGUGAUUUUAAAUGUGAAGAGGAAGGAUUUUAUCCACACCCACGAGAUUGUAAAAAAUAUUUUUGGUGCCUUGAUAGUGGACCAAGUGGUUUAGGAAUUGUUGCUAAUCAAUUUACUUGCCCUUCAGGGCUCGUGUUCAAUAAAUUGGCGGACUCUUGCGAUUACCCAAGGAAUGUCGUAUGCCCUAAAGCAAAAUCUGCUACGGUUUCAACAACAACUAAACGUACAACUACGGAAAAAGAAGAUAUAAUUGAAGAAGAUGAGGAGGAUGAUGAAGAAAUUGAAGAAACAGAAGAGGAUGAUAGCCAAAUUGAGAAAAGUAAAGAAGAGGACGAAAAAUUAAAAAAAUCCCGAGUUACAACAACUACCACUACCACAGCUCGAUCCCUGCUUUAUAAAAUAAUCAGCAGAAGUCGACCAACAACUACUUCGACGACAACUACUUCUACUCCCUCUACAAUAUCCAGUUCCGCUCGAUCGACAGAUGAUUUCACAGAUGAAGAACAGGAUCCAAAAGUGAUAAAAGAGCUUAUUGACCUCAUUAAAAAAGCCGGAGGUAUAGAGCAGUUGGAAAAACAAUUAGCUUUGCAAGAAAAAAAUUCUGGAAUAAAUCAAGAAAAUGGGUCAGUGACUCCAGCCACGAUCAGUAAAAGUUUGUACGAAAGAGUUUUAAAUCGACAGUCGAGUAGAAGUAAUCUUUAUGGAUUACCGUCGUCAAGAUUAUCAAUUAGUAGUAGAAAAACCGCUAAUAUCGAGGAUGAUGACGUUGAUGAAGACGAUGAGGAAGAAGAAAUAGAAGAAAAAGUAAUAAAUAGAUCAACCUCAAGAUCUAAGUUUGUAAAUGGGCCCGGAAGAUCACAAUUUGAAGGAUUAGAGGAUGUCCCGGAAGUCAAAGGUUUAAGACGAUCCAACAAGCCAAAAUAUGUUACCAUUGAACGUCAUAGUUCGUCAACAACUUCUACAAAAAUUGAUGAUGAAUCGUUUGAAGACGAUGAUGAAACAGACGAUGAAGAAAAUAGUGAUAAUACUGAUGUAGCUUCAUCAGAAGAAAAAUCAAUACAGAAUGUACCCGAAGAAAAACCUUCAUCGACUCAUCGAUCUACUCCGGGCUAUGUAAAUAUUCGGCGAACAAGGCCGACAUCAACUGAGUCUGUAAAUGACGAUAUUAAAGAAUUAGAUACGACUACCAAGAGUCAAUCAACUCAUUCGUUUAGGCGAAGCUCAAGUUCUAAAGAGAGUACUCCGAAAAAUGCAAAAACUGAAGAAGAUGCGACAACGCCGAAAUCAAGAUACGUCAGUGCAAAUCGUUUUCGAAGUACAACAAGUGCGCCUGUUAAGGAAUUUGAACAAACUAGCAGUGAACACACUCCAACAACUUUAAGUUCUUCUUCACAAAAACUUAUUGAUGAUUUUGUGACGGAGGGAAAGACUAUUACAAUUGUAGGAGAAUCUGGUAAAAUAAGUAUAAUUCCCUUCACGACAGAAACUCCUUCAACGGCUCGUUUAUAUUCAGAAGAAUUAUCGCCAACAAUGAAAUUAACAACACCUUUUUUCGACGAAAAAGUCAUCACUACUACAAUGCCUUACGCCACAAAACGCAUUUAUGAAACAACGCUCGCACCUAAUACUAAUAUUAUAGAUAACAGCGUGACCGAACCUUUGAUGACUGUUAUUCCAACGGAAUCAAGCACACGGGAAACUAUAGCAGCAGUAUCGCAGCCACGACCUUUUGGAUUCCCUCGAAGAACUAGACCAACUUCACCCACAACAACAGUAACAGAAGCUACUCGCAGUACGUUGAGAGGAUAUGAAUCUACGACAAGAUCUAAGGUGAGUACACGCUCCAAAAAUGUUGCACGGACUACAACAAAAGCACCUAAAACACGCACAAGAACGCGCCCGCGAAAUCCGGAAAAAUUGACAAGCACAGUUGAUGAUGAGACCGCAAACCUUAAAGGUGAAGAUCUGCAAAACGAUUCUGAAUUACAGGAAAAACAAAAAGAUAGUGCAGCGGUAAGUAGGUCCAAAACAAGAAAUCGAGGUUCUAGUCGAUACAAACUGCAAGAUAUAAAUUCACGGAAUUUAAGCUCUAGAAGACCUUUAAAUGAACAAGAGCAGAUAAUACCUGCUAAUACACCUAGUAGAAAGUAUCGAAGACCAUUUAGAGUAACAACAGCUGCUAGUGAUUUAGAGGAAACGCUAGUUUUAAAAACAACUUCAGAACAACCAAUAAGACAAAAAAAUUUUUAUAGAAGAUCAAGAACUCGAUUAGAUCAGCAAACAGCUGAUAGCUUUGACAGCAAAGCUCAAGCUAUAAGAAACGUUAAUUUGAUAAGACAACCAACAUCCAAUACUCGAAGACCAACAACUAUCACCGAGUACAGUUUUGAUAGAACUAUUGCUAAUACAAAACCUGUGGAAGAUGCAACUUCUCGGAAUACUCGUUUUAUAAUAGAGGUAACAGAACCUAUUCCGAGUGAAACAACAACGAACCAUGUAGAAGAUGAAACAUUUAACUCUUUAGAGUCUUCACUACAAACAACUGUACCUCCAUAUUUAUGGAAUACUCAUGAACCUACUGUUCCGAAUUUAGAAGACUUCAUUCGAACUACAAUACCAACUAGUUUCAUAAAAACCAUACAACCAAAAACGACAACGUCGGCAGAUAUGACCAAUGGAGCUACACUUUCAACACUACAGCAACGCACAAGAAAAGUUUUAUUGAGAAAACGGCCGUCUACUACACCAAAUUCUAUCGAAGAAUCCCAAAACGACACGGACUUCCGGCGAAGCAAAGGUAUAAGACGACUUCGACCUCUUGAUGAACAGAAACAAAAAGUAACAACAACUUCUAGGAGAGGUAGCUUCAGAUUUAUUACUAAGUCAAUAGAUGACACUACUUCAAAACCUUCAGAAAAUACUUACAGCAAAAUCAAUACGGUAAGGCCACGAUCAAGAUAUUCUAUUCGCCGAACAUUAUCACCUGAUGUGGAUACAACUAUCUCUACUACUAGACCGGAUACACCUGAUGAAAUUUUUAACAAAAGAAAAUAUCUUUUUGAACGCUAUCGGCCAGCUUCAGCUGCACCCACAAAUUUUACAAAUGAAGAUAUUAAAUCGAAUGAAACAAGCACAGAACAAUCUUACCUAGUAACAGAGCCGUUUGAAACUUCAUUAUCAUUUAACACACCAGAAAGUAUUUUACUUCAGAAUCGAUCAAAAGUUUUACAUUUAGAAGAAACAAAAGAAACGAACGAGGGAAUUACAGAAAGAGUACCGUCUUCUGCCAAUCCAAAGUCAAGGGCAAGAUUUCGAAUUAAGGCUGAUGAAAAGAAAGAAUUUGAAAAUUUUGUAACCAGAACUAAAAUUACUCCUCGUUAUUCAUCUAGAAUUACUACAACAACAACAGAAAGUAGUGUUCAUGAAACGUUAAUACCUACAAAAAAAUUCGAUUACUUUGCUGAUGCAGUUAAAAGAGCACAUCAAUUACAUCGUACCACAGCCAAAGUAAAAAAUGACAAUUCAAUACCUGCAUCAACUUCAAAACCAGUAGUUACAAGACUUGUUACGUCAAUUGUAGAAUCAGCAACGACAGAGAGACAGAAAAUUUCAAUUAAAAAGAAGUAUUCGUCACUAACGUCAACAACUUACAUUCCGAAAAUUACAACACCAUUACCUCGUUUAUUUUUACGAAGGCCAAAUGGAAUUCAUAAAGAUGAAAGUUUAAACGAAAUACCUCGCGGAUUAUCAACAGAGCGAAGUGUUGAAUGGUCAACUUUACCAAUUGAGAGUGAAUUCAGCGAAAGAAAAUUUACGACAGAGUCUGGGGAAGAAUCAUCAUCAACAAUAGAAAUUGAAUCAGUCUUUAGCAAUUUGAUUGGCCAUUAACCACACACUUUGUUAUUAAAUUAUUUGUUGACAAACUCUAUUGCUGUAACUCAGCUAUUCCAUCUUUACGAUUGCCUACAGUACACUUGAAAUUUCAUUUUCAAAUACUACUCUAUCCUCUGGCUUAAUAGUAUUUACUUCGCUACUCUGCCUCUGUCUCUCUUCUUCUUACUUAUUCCAUGGACAGUCUUGAAUAUAUAGAAAACAGAAGGAAUGCAUUAUCUAUUCUGAUUUCUAGGUUUUAGAUGAGCUGAAACUUCAUCAUCCUGUCUCCAAGGAUUUUACCGUUCAUAAAAUUAUAAGUGAUUUUAUGACUGAACGUCCAAAGAAAGACAAUAAUUUUAAUAAUAGUUUUUAUACACCAGAAAGUAGUCCAAAAAGUCUUUUGUUUACUCCAUUGAUGACUCCUUCGAAUCAAAAUGAUACUGAAAGAGUUAUAAAA